UCAGAGAAUAUUAAUAGAUACCAAAAUGGAUUCAUUUUUCUUUGUCUGAAAAGAUUGGUGGUUGGUGGUCUUGAUAGCCAUCGUCGAGUCGACCAUUGAAUUUCAAGUUUCAUUUCAACUCCAAAUUUAAUAUUACAAAUUGGUAAACUUUCUCACUUUUUUUAUUCACACUCUAUAAUUUAUAUAUACACCCACUUUUCUCAAUUUCAUUCACUCACUGUCCUCAUUUUUCACCUAAUCUCUUCAAUUUUCAGGAAAUACAUUAUGGCUCAACCACUUACAAGAAUAGGCCUUGCCGGACUGGCUGUUAUGGGCCAAAAUCUCGCACUCAAUAUUGCCGACAAAGGAUUCCCAAUUUCUGUUUAUAACAGAACAACAUCAAAGGUUGACGAAACUGUGGAACGAGCAAAACAGGAGGGAAAUCUUCCACUCUAUGGCUUCCAUGACCCUGAAGCCUUUGUUAAUUCCAUUCAAAAACCAAGGGUGAUUAUAAUGCUUGUUAAGGCUGGUGCACCUGUUGACCAGACCAUCAAAACCCUAUCUGCGUACCUGGAAAAAGGGGAUUGUAUAAUUGAUGGUGGUAAUGAAUGGUAUGAGAACACGGAGAGGCGAGAGAAAGAGGUAGCCGAAUUGGGUCUUCUCUACCUUGGAAUGGGAGUUUCAGGUGGUGAGGAGGGUGCUCGACGCGGUCCUUCUAUGAUGCCUGGUGGUUCGUUUGAAGCUUACAAAUACAUAGAAGAUAUUCUUCUCAAGGUGGCUGCUCAAGUUCCUGACAGUGGCCCUUGUGUGACAUAUAUCGGUAAAGGUGGAUCUGGUAAUUUUGUGAAGAUGAUCCAUAAUGGAAUUGAAUAUGGUGACAUGCAGCUGAUUGCUGAGGCUUACGAUGUGUUGAAGUCAGUUGGAAAGUUGACAAACGAGGAGCUACAAAGUGCAUUUACCGAAUGGAACAAGGGAGAACUUUUGAGUUUCCUAAUUGAAAUCACUGCAGAUAUAUUCGGAAUUAAGGAUGAUAAGGGUGAUGGAUAUCUUGUUGACAAGGUUCUUGACAAAACUGGUAUGAAGGGUACCGGUAAGUGGACUGUUCAGCAAGCAGCUGAAUUAUCAGUUCCUGCUCCCACCAUUGAAGCUUCAUUGGAUGCUAGGUUCCUUAGUGGGUUGAAGGAUGAAAGAGUUGAGGCUGCAAAGGUCUUUAAAUCAGGUGGCUUUGGCGAUAUCUUGACUGACCAACAAGUAGACAAGAAGCAGUUGAUUGAUGAUGUUAGGAAGGCUCUUUAUGCAGCCAAGAUUUGUAGUUACGCACAAGGGAUGAAUCUGAUCCGUGCAAAGAGUGCUGAAAAGGGUUGGGAUUUGGAAUUGGGUGAACUUGCCCGUAUUUGGAAAGGAGGUUGCAUCAUUAGAGCUAUAUUCUUGGACAGAAUCAAGCAGGCGUACGACAGAAACCCUAAUCUCGCUAACCUUCUUGUGGAUCCAGAGUUCGCAAAGGAAAUAAUUGAACGCCAAACCGCAUGGAGGAGAGUUGUUUCCCUUGCUGUCAAUUCAGGUAUCAGCCUCCCGGGUAUGUCUGCUAGUCUUGCAUAUUUUGACUCUUAUAGAAGGGAAAGGUUGCCAGCUAAUUUGGUGCAAGCUCAACGAGACUACUUCGGUGCUCAUACAUAUGAAAGGGUUGAUAUCGAGGGGUCGUACCAUACUGAAUGGUUCAAGCUUGCCAAGCAGUCGAGGAUUUAGAUUACUGUGUUUGAACUCUUCAAGAUUCCUAAUAAAUGUAAUGUUUUUUACUCAAGACUGUAUACUGAGUUGAGCUUACAUAGCUGCAAUGCGGUGAAGUUUAUUUAUACCAUUCUGUACUACUUAAUUACUUGGUUUUUGGUUUUCCAACAAUUGUGCUGUAUCUUUGCUGAUCUUGCUUUGAAUUUGAUAUAAAAUUGUCCAACUUCACAAUGUCUUUUUAAUUUUCAUAUUUUGGUUA